AUGGAGCUUCUGGGAACGGUCACUAUUUUCUUGCUGGUCUGCAUCUCGUGCCUUCUCGUUGCCACAUGGAGCAGAUCACAAAAAGGGAAGAUGCCUCCGGGUCCCACCGCAUUCCCCAUUCUUGGAAGCGUGCUCCAGCUGAACCCAUGGAACAUACCUGAAAGCUUGAAGGAGCUCAGCAAGAAGUAUGGUCCUGUCUUCACCAUACAUUUAGGCUCAGAAAAAGUUGUGGUGCUAUAUGGCUAUGAUGUUGUGAAAGAAGCUCUGAUUGAUCAGGCAGAUAACUUCAGUGGAAGAGGCAGUCUACCACUGCUGAAAAAACUCCUCCAAGGCACAGGUAUUUUGACUAGCAAUGGGGAGACCUGGAAGCAGAUCCGGCGGUUUACACUCACCACCCUGCGAGAUUUUGGGAUGGGGAAGAAGAGCAUUGAGGAGCGAAUCCAGGAGGAAGCCCGUUUUUUGGUGGAGAGGAUCAGGAACACAAAAGAGCGACCCUUCAACCCUGGCAACUACCUAGUCCAUGCUGUUUCCAAUAUCAUCUGUUCUGUCAUCUUUGGGGAUCGGUUUGACUAUGAGGACAAGAAAUUUCUAACUUUAAUUGAUUUGCUAGAAGAAAACAACAACCUCCAGAACUCCAAAUCUACACAGCUUUACAAUUUCUUCCCAACUGUCAUGGACUAUUUACCUGGGUCUCAUCAGAAAUUGAUAGAAAAUACUGAAACAGUUAAUAGCUUUGUUUUGGAGAUCAUAGCAGAACACCAGAAAACCCUGGAUCCCACUUGUCCUCGAGAUUUUAUCGAUGCUUUCCUUUACAAAGUGGAACAGGAGAAAGGAAAUGCUCACUCAGAAUUCACCACUGAGACCUUGAGCAGAACCACGAUCGACUUGUUCUUAGCAGGAACAGGAACUACCAGCACCACACUGAGAUAUGGAAUUACGAUUCUUCAGAAAUACCCAGAGAUAGUAGAGAAAGUUCAAAAAGAGAUUGACUCUGUGAUUGGCCGAGAUCGAAGUCCCUCCGUGGCAGACCGGAGCCAGAUGCCCUACACAGAUGCUGUGGUCCAUGAAAUCCAGAGAUUCAUUGAUUUCCUUCCAAUUAAUGUCCCACAUGCUGUGACCAAAGACAUCAAGUUCAGAGGCUAUUUUAUCCCCAAGGACACUAUGAUAUUCCCUAUGCUGCAUCCUAUCCUACAUGAUAACAAGGAAUUUCCAAAUCCAGAAAAAUUUGACCCAGGACAUUUCCUGAAUGCAGAUGGUACCUUUAAAAGGAGUGAUUACUUCAUGCCAUUUUCUGCAGGAAAACGCAUUUGUGCAGGAGAAGGUCUGGCCCGGAUGGAGAUAUUCAUAUUUUUAACAGCCAUCCUGCAGAACUUCACUUUGAAAUCUGCUGUAGAUUGCAAGGACAUUGACAUUUCCCCAGUAACCACCACUCUUGCAAAUAUUCCCCGACCUUAUGAGGUCUCUUUUCUUCCACGUUAGCCAAUGAAGACAGCUGCCAGCUGCCAACCUCAUGAAAGCUCUGGUUGAACGACAGCCACUUCACAACCUGUUGAGACUGAAACUCUCAAAUCAUUUGAUAGAUACUAUAUGCUUUCAUAAUCUCCACAGCCAGCUCUCAGAGAGAGUAGGCAAAUAGGACAGGGAAGGAGACAACUCCCUGUACAAAAUGAUACAGGCUCUCCUCUGCAUUUACCUCACCUAGCUCAAGUUCCUAUCUGGCUCCUGACAUACUGACAUGUCAGUGAAUGUAGACUCGUGCUCUAAGAGCUCUCUUGCUGCUGUCCCCAAUGACUUGAUCCUCUCAGCAGGAACAGACUCUGUUUGAGGUACCUCCCUCCUCUGUAUUUUCAGUUUGUGUUCUGUUGGUAAAGGCAAGCAUCAAACAGUGGUUUUCUUCCUGUCAGAAGAUGACUAUCUACUGUAUUGAAAUGAGAGUUUAUGUUGCAAAAUAAAGAAGUAGUAUACUGAGUUGUUG